AUGGAGUGCAUAUACAAGGACCCAAAUGCCCACGUUGAAACCCGGGUUAAAGACCUCCUCUCUCGGAUGACUCUCCUCGAGAAGAUCGGCCAGAUGACCCAGAUCGAGCGCAGCGUGGCCACGCCCUCCGCCAUUAGAGACCGCUUCAUAGGGAGUGUGCUGAGCGGGGGUGGGAGCAAGCCUUUUGAGAAUGCGAAAUCGGGAGAUUGGGCGGACAUGAUCGACAGCUUUCAGGAAGGGGCGCUCGAGACCCGACUCGGUAUUCCUAUCAUUUAUGGAACUGAUGCGGUCCAUGGCAACAACAAUGUCUAUGGCGCCACCAUUUUCCCGCAUAACGUUGGCCUUGGUGCCACUAGAGAUGCCGAUUUGGUGAAAAAGAUUGGGGAGGUAACAGCUCUUGAAGUGAGAGCAAGCGGAGCGCAGUAUGCAUUUGCUCCAUGUGUUGCUGUUAGUAGAGACCCUAGAUGGGGAAGGUCCUAUGAAAGUUACAGUGAGGACACUGAAAUUGUUAGAAAGAUGACCUGCCUUGUUUCAGGCUUGCAGGGAGUGCCACCUGAAGGUCACCCCAAAGGCUACCCUUUUCUAGCUGGAAGGAAAAAUGUUCUUGCAUCUGCCAAGCAUUUUGUCGGAGAUGGUGGUACUGAAAACGGUAUAAAUGAAGGGAAUACAAUAACUUCAUACGAGGAUUUGGAGAGAACCCACUUGGCACCAUAUCUUGAUUGUCUUUCUCAGGGAGUUUGCACUGUAAUGGCAUCGUAUUCGAGUUGGAACGGGAGUAAAUUGCACACUGACUAUUUUCUUCUUACUGAAGUUUUGAAAAAUAAGCUGGGAUUCAAGGGUUUUGUGAUUUCAGACUGGGAGGCAUUGGACCGGCUUUAUGAACCCCAUGGUUCAAAUUAUCGUCAGAGCAUUUUGUUAACCAUAAAUGCAGGAAUUGAUAUGGUAAUGGUUCCUUUUAGAUAUGAAUUAUUUCUAGACGAAUUUCUGUCCCUUUUUGAGGCAGGGGAAAUAUCAAUGGCCCGGAUUGAUGAUGCCGUUGAGAGGAUCCUGAGAGUCAAGUUCAUUUCUGGAGUUUUCGAGCAUCCAUUUGCUGAUAGAUCUUUGCUGGAUGUGGUUGGUUGUAAGCCACACAGGGAACUAGCUCGUGAAGCCGUUCGUAAGUCAUUGGUUUUGUUGAAGAAUGGAAAGGAAUUAAAUAAACCUUUCCUCCCACUCGACAAGAAAGCCAAACGAAUACUCAUUGCCGGAACACAUGCCGACAAUCUCGGAUAUCAGUGUGGUGGUUGGACAAUUACAUGGGAAGGCAAAUCUGGCAGAAUAACUGAAGGCACGACUAUCCUGGAUGCCGUAAAGCAAGUGGUGGAUGAGAAAACUGAAGUAGUAUACGAAGAAAACCCUUCUCCCGAGACUCUAUCUCGUCAGGACAUCUCACUCGCUGUUGUGGCAGUUGGUGAGGGCCCGUACGUCGAGUCGGGCGGUGACGACCCGAAUCUGAAGAUCAACUUCAACGGAUCUGAGCUGGCAGCCUCAAUUGCCGAGAGAUUUCCCACAUUACUAAUUCUAGUUUCCGGGCGGCCUUUGGUCUUGGAGCCAGCGCUCUUGGAGAAAAUCGAGGCGCUGGUUGCUGCAUGGUUGCCCGGCACAGAAGGCCGGGGAAUAACAGAUGUUAUAUUUGGGGACUAUGCAUUCGAAGGAAAGCUCCCGAUGACAUGGUUUAGAAGCGUGGAUCAGCUCCCGGUACACGCGGGACAAAACUCAGCAGACCCUUUGUUUCCUUUUGGGUUUGGACUGAAGUAUUGA